AUGGGAGAACUACUCCAUGGAGAAAGAAACAAAAGCAGAAUCGGAUGCGGAAUUCAUACUGUGAAGGAUGGAUUCCUGCUCCUAGACGUUGAUUGGCACUUCUCCAAGCUCAAGCCAAGCUCCAAUGGUGAUGAAGAUCAAGCUAGGGCACUUGGAGACUCUUGUUCGUCGCUUUCUCUCUCUAGGAAUCGCUCUGUCUCUCUAAAACUCGAAUCCCCUUCUCUUUUGGCUGAAAUCUGCUUAAAAAGGCAUCACUGGGCAAAGCACGGUCGAGGGCACGGCCGUGCUUUGCUCCAGCCCGCCCGUGCUUUGGCUAGGGUUAAUUACACGGCCAGCCUGUUGGGAGAAACACGGCCAGCCUGUUGGGAGAAACACGGCCGUGCUUUUGGGUGGACACGGCCGUGCUUUGGUGGACACGGCCGUGUAAUUUCUCAGCCCUGCCCGUGUUUUGGCUAG